AUGCUAGCGGGCCGCUUGCUGGAGGAGUCGGAGCCUGGGGCUGCUGAGGCGCCCUGCCCAGGGUCUUGCCAGGCGCAGCGCGUCCUGCAGACCCUCCAGGCCUCCCUUCGGAGCCGCACCCUCACCGGCGCGGUGCCACGCGCUGGCGGCCCCGACCUCCCCCCGUGCCAGCGAGCUGCGGGCAGCGCCCACCUCUGCGGCCAGGCGGCGGCCGGGCGACCAGAGCGGGGGCAGGCUGUGGUGCCUGAGAUGCCGGGCGCAGGGCGCACCAGGACGGACUCUUUGAUCAGUUCGGGCGUGCAGAUGCGCGCCGAGGAGGAGGAGGAGGAGGAGGAGGUGGAGGAGGAGGAGGAAGAGGAGAAGGAGGCGGCGGCCGCCCCGCUGGAGCUGGGCGAGCGGCUGGGCGCGGAGGACCUGCGCGAGGCCUGCGCGCGCUUCCUCCGGGGCUGCCUCCGCGCCCGCAGCCCCGCGCUGCGCCCCGUGGCCUCCUCCUCGCCCCCCUCCCUGGCCCUGGACUUCACCGAAGCGGCCCGCCACGCCGGCUUCCUGGAGCUGGCGCCCGGGGAGGUGGCCGCGCUGCUGGCGGACCCGGCGCUGGGCGUGGCGCGCGAGGAGGCCGUGUUCGAGGCGGCCCUGCGCUGGGUGCGCCACGACGCGCCGGGCCGCCGCGCGCACCUGCGGCGCCUGCUGGAGCACGUGCGCCUGCCGCUGCUGCCGCCCGCCUACUUCCUGCAGAAGGUGGAGGCGGACGAGCUGCUGCGCGCCUCCCGCGAGUGCCGCCCGCUGCUGCUCGAGGCCCGCGCCUGCUUCAUCCUGGGCCGAGAGGCCGGAGGGCUGCGCACGCGGCCACGGAGAUUCAUGGACCUAGCUGAAGUGAUUGUGGUCAUUGGCGGUUGUGGCCGCAAAGGACUUACGAGGUUGCCCUUCACCGACGCCUACCACCCGGAGAGCCAGCGCUGGACCCCGCUGCCCAGCCUGCCUGGCUACAUGCGCUCCGAGUUUGCUGCCUGCACUCUCCGCAAUGACAUCUAUGUCUCAGGAGGCCACAUCAACAGCCAUGAUGUGUGGAUGUUUAGCUCCCAUCUGCACACCUGGAUCAAGGUGGCCUCAUUGCACAAGGGCAGGUGGAGGCACAAGAUGGUGGCCUUGCUUGGACAGCUGUUCGUGGUGGGUGGCUUUGAUGGACUGCAGCGCCUGCGCAGUGUGGAGCGCUACGACCCCUUCUCCAACACGUGGGAGUCUGCGGAGCCGCUCCUGGAGGCCGUGAGCUCAGCAGCCGUGGUGCCCUGUGCUGGCCGGCUCUACGUGAUUGGGGGUGCCAGGCAAGACAACAUCAGCACAGACAAGGUGCAGUGCUUUGACCCCAAGGAGGACAGAUGGAGCCUGCGGUCACCAGCACCUUUCUCACAGCGAUGUCUUGAGGCUGUCUCCCUGGAGGACGCCAUCUAUGUGAUGGGAGGCCUCAUGAGCAAAAUCUUCACCUACCACCCUGGUACAGAUGUCUGGGGGGAGGCAGCUGUCCUCCCCAGCCCUGUGGAGAGCUGUGGCGUGGCUCUGUGUGAUGGGAAGGUCCACAUCACUGGUGGGCGGGAUGACCAUGGGGAAAGCACCGACAGGGUCUUCACCUUUGACCCCAGCAGUGGGCAGGUGGAGGCCCGGCCGCCCCUGCAGCGCUGCACCAGCUCCCACGGCUGCGUCACCAUUGUCCAGAGCCUGGGCAGGUGA